AUGCAACUAUUACCUUUUCAAAAGUCUAUACAAAACGACAUUGAUAAUCAUAAAUCCUGUCUAAUAAUCCUAAGUAAAGGCCUUGGUGUUUUUAAUGUAGUAUAUAACUAUUUAAGUAAAAUAGAAAUAAAUGCCGGGAAUUCCAUUUUUAUUCUAAACCUUUCAAUAUCUGAAAUAGAUUGCUUCAGGUUAUUUGUGCAGAGUAUGGAUCAAAGGAGUUAUGAUGGUGAUAUUGAUCAAUUUAAGAGUAAUACCUCUCUUCUCUCUAAUAAAAUUGUGAAUAUUAAUUCGGAAAUGAAUUUAAAUAAAAGGAAGGUAUUUUAUAACAAGGGUGGGAUAUAUAUUAUAACAUCAAGAAUCUUACUAACAGAUCUAUUGUCUGAAAGGCUCAACUUUUCAAAUAUAGAUGGCAUUAUAUUGAUUAAUGCAGAGAGUUUAAAUGUUAGAAAUUGGAACGACGCAUUUAUUUUACAACUAUAUAAAAGUAAGAAUCCAAAUGGAUUUAUAAAAGGAAUAUCGCAACGCCCAGAAAUACUAAAUCAAGGAUACUUUGGGCCAGGCAUUGCCAUGAGAUAUUUAGGAACAACGGAUUUAUUCCUUUAUCCAAGAAAUAAUGUUAUUGUUGAAGAUUCAUUUAAACUUUCUCAGAAAAUUAAAGUAAUAGAAAAGUCAGUCAAGGCAAGUGAAUAUUUUUACACUAUACAAAAAUGUAUUAAAGUAUUGUUAGAAAAAGGACUCGAUCAAAUUUUAAAAUUGGAUCCGAACAUUGAAGUAACUCUGUGUGACCUAUUAUAUAGCUCCUCGAAGAAAUUAAAAAAUAAAAUUGAGUUAUUAACUCAUGACUUGUGGUGUAAAAUGACACCUAAACUUAGACAAAUUACAAAAGAUAUUCUCUACAUAAGAAAUUUGCUUGAAUUGCUAUAUUUAUUAGAUGCAUCUGAAUUCUUUGUUUGUUUGGAAUAUAUUCAAUCAUCGAAACUUAUUGAUAAAUCUUGGAUGCUAACUAAAGAAUUUGAAACUUUAUAUAAGGUGUCAAGAUCCAGAAUAUUUAAAAUUAAUGAGAGGAAUAUUAAUUAUAGCAGUGGAACUGAAAGUCCUUUUAGUCUCUCUCUUGAAGUAAACCCAGUUCAUAUUCAAUUGAUUGAUAUAAUUUUAAAUAUUGGGAAAGAACUCACUGAAAAUGAUAUUUCGGCUUUAACACAAGAAAGUAACUUAUGCGAUAAAUUAUUAAUCAAAGAAAACGAAGUUGAUUUGGACUGUGAUUUGAACUCUUCGGAGAAAAAUAUUGAUUUAAAAAUCGAUGGCGAAAUAAUUGAUGAGGAAAUUGACAAUGCCGAAAAUGAUCUCGACAAAAUCGAAUAUUUACAAACUAGCGAAAAAAAUAUCGAAGUUUGUUCGAAAAUAUUAGAAAAUAGCAACCUCGUAUAUCAUCUUCCAGAAUAUAGAGUUCUUUUGAUUGUUCCCGAUGAGUUUUGCCUAACAAUUACUGAAAUUGAAUUUCUGUUACUAAACGGCCCACAAAAUUUUUCUGCUAUGAAACUAAUUGAAAUUUUUCAAAACAUUGAAUUGAAUUUAACGCCCAACUUUCCAAAUAUAAUCUCAAAAAUAAUACCUUCUUUUGGUGUGACGAUUAACUCAAACGAAAAAUUUCAUUGUUUUAAUCAACUUAGACUUGUAUUAUCAAAACUGAUACAAAAUAGUAGUGGCACACAAUAUCCGUUCUCUUCAAAGGAUACAACUAUUAAAUCUAUCCCAAAUUUGAACAUAUAUAGGAAUAAGGGUUUAGACGAAAUAAUCACAAAUAAUAGAAUUAAUCCAAAAAUUAUAAUUACUCAUCCGAGUGUUAAUGUACAAGGAAAAUUCUGGAAUAUUCUUUCAUUAAAUUCGCCGCAUUUAAUCAUCAUGUUGGAUCCGGAUAUUUCAUUACUAAGAGAGAUUGAAUUAUUUACUGCAAUUUCAGAAAAAAAAACGGAAUUGCCUCUUCAAGUAAUUAUGAUUACAAUUCAAAAUUCAAUUAGACACGAAAAGCUUCUUAAUACAAUAAAAAAUGAAGAACUAUCGUGGAUAAGUCUUGAAAGGCAUAAAAAAACUCUUGUUGUGCCAUUAAGCGACAUUACUGAAGGAGAAAUAUUAACAAAACUAAACUUUUCUUCAAUAUGUCAGGAUAGGCCUGAAAAUGAAAAUAUUGUUCAAAGAGUAAUUGUUGAUAUAAGAGAGUUUAGAUCAUCUCUUCCGUAUCAGCUUUUUUGCAAGGGUAUCAAAAUAAUUCCUAUGAGCUUAGAAAUAGGAGAUUAUGUAAUAUCCCGUGAUGUAUGUAUUGAACGGAAGUCACUACCAGACUUAAUAAAUUCUCUUAACAAUGGGAGAUUAUUCACACAAUUACAGUGGAUUUCAAAGCACUACUCCGUUCCUGUAAUAUUAAUUGAAUUAAACAAUUUAACAGAAUUGUUAAAUCAUCAAGGAAUCCAGCAAAGCUUUUCACCAAUAAAAUCAAACUCAAAAGACAUUUAUUUGAGAUUAAUUCUUUUAAUGAGGCAUUUCCCUAACAUUAAAUUUAUUUGGAGCAGUAAUUCGUCAUUCUCCUCAUUAAUUAUUCUCCAUAUAAAGAAUAAUAGAGAGCAACCAAAUCUAAAAGAUGCUAGUGCAUUAAAUACUGGAAUAAUAAAUGUAAAUUAUAACGAUGCACCUUCCUGGGAUAAACGCCAAAAAUAUUAA